ACUUCAUAAAACUUGUGUAUAACAUAAGCAACUAUACUAAAAACAGCGACAUUAUGAAAAAUCUCCCUUAUUUUAUCAAACCAGGAGUAUUGCAAAUGCCUUUGGUUGUACCCAUAUGAUAUAAUAUUGUUGUUAAUAGGAGGUAAUGGAGGAUUUUGCAUUUUCAUUUGCUCAUGUCUUUCAUAUGCACCUGACCGUUCACAAGCCAAUUUUAUUUCAGGAUCGUUUAAACCUUUCCUCUGUAAGAAUUUUUGUUUUUGGGCUAGUGGGGUGUUAACUACGUUCGGGUUUUCCAGAAAUUUUACCGCAGUUUGUACCUAUAAAUUAUACUUAUAUAAAAUUAUCAUAUGACUAAUUUAUUCCCCCAAAUCUUGUUUUUAACCAUACAUUUUAUGGACAAUACAAAAUAGCAACAUUAGAGGGAUCUACAUUAUGUUUGUUGCAUAGUUUAUUAGUUUCAAGAGGACACAAAGUCCAAACACAUGCAUAUAUGCACAUCCAUAAAUGACUAGGCAUUAAAAUGUACUUACCAUAUCUUCCCGAAUAUUAUCAUUGAUUUUAUUUACCGGAAGGUCUUCCGCGAUCGUGGACAUUUUCGCGGGAUUCAGAGUUAUUUAUCACAACAAAAACAAACUAAAAGAUCGUACUACCUAAACGUCAUUCUGUAUCGCCCAACUGUCAAAAUUUUGAACCAAUAUUAUAGCAUUACCAACAGAUUUUUUUCCUAGUGCUGGGGAUUUUUUAAACACUCAUUUUAAGAUUUUGCUUUGUUUUUGCAUUUUAUUUUUGUAACAAUAUUUAAUUCAAACAAAAUAUGUAUUGUUGGUUUCUUUAGUUUAUUACACAGAACAUAACUUUUAUAAUUUGUGCAUAAGGUUUAGUAAUUUAACCAAAUUACGAGAUUUUAAAAGCCAUGUUGGCGACACUGCAAUGAAAUGACAGUUCAACUGUCACAGUUGUAAACAUAACCUCACGUUAUGUCAACUACGGCUUUUUAGUGAAAAAUACUGCAAAAUAGCGUUUAAAACAUGAUUUCUCACACUGGAAUUAUUAAGAGUGCCCCGCAACAAGAUUUAAUAAACGAAAUACAGGUUUUUAUUAGAGGGGCCUCUAACUUGGAUAAAUGUAAUCCAUUGGAGUUGUCGAAGACAGCCUUAACGUUAUUAAAGUUGCUGCCAGCUUCUAGAGUAGCUGUUUUUGAUUAUUUUUGCAAGGUUUUUGAUAAUGCUGCUUCUAAUUAUAUAAAGGGAAUAGAGUCUGAAAUUAAGACAGGUACUCUACCUCAACAAUGUGAAACCGAUGAGGUUGUUAUAAGUGAAAUUCACUUGGUUUUGGCUCAGUUGAUAUUAGAAAAUGCCACAGCAUGGGCUCCUAUUAUUAGUACUUGGUCGUUGGAAUUGCUGGGAGAGAUUUCAACCAAAUAUGCUGGAAGGGCGCAUAUAUCUUCAAAGCUAAAUGAAACUUUGCAAUUAUGGAUGGGUUGUAGAGCCACUAGAACUCUUGUCGACAUUAACACAAAAUGUUUGUCUAGUUUAAUACAUUCAGAUACUGAAGCAUGUAUAAGCGCCUUGUUAGACACUUCGGUAAAACAUUCCCCUCACUUUGACUGGGUGGUGGCCCAUGUGGGCAGUUGCUUCCCAAAUACAGUGAUAACAAGGGUUUUAUCCUGUGGCUUAAAAGAUUUUUCCCAAAAUAAAUCCUAUGAGCAGGGUUGCAACUCGGCAAAAUUAAAAUCUGUUGUCGGUAUUUUGGGACAUUUGGCUGGAAGUCAUACAGAGGACAUCAGAAAAGCUAUUUUGGAAAUAUUUGUGAGAAGUUUAAGAGAAACUAUGGAUGAUACUGAUGCUACAAGAAUACAGAAAAAAGCUACUACACCUUUUAUUUUGCAACUUGCAUAUUUGUCUUCCACAUUAUUGUCCUCUAUUUGUGAUGAUACAAAACAUACUUUAACUAUUAAUACAAUAACACGACUCUACUUUUUCAUUGACGAUUGGUGUAGAUAUUUUGGAAAUCCAGAAACUUUGGAGGAAUUUAUUGUAACUCUAAUAUUAAGAUGUGAAAGUGGAGGCGCUCAAAUUUUGACGCUCCUUUUAGAUUGCGUACUUGUCACGAAAAUUAGAGGCAAUGAUGCAAUGAAAAAUGCCAUUAGAGAGAAAGCAAAAGAUAUUUUAGAAAUCAUUCUUUUGGAAAUUGAUGAAUCAGUUAGGCAUAAUAGUCCUGUCAAUUUAUUGAAAUCUUUUAAAAAGGAAACCAAAGAAUUAAAUGUGUUAUUAUUAAAUGAAAAUAAGUUGAUAUAUGAGACAUCAGCACAAAUUCUUAUAUUCUUAGCAAAUUUAAAUCCGUCAGUAUUAAUAAACUCAGCAACUCACCUUUUAUUGAACGCCACAAAUAAUGAACAACUCACUUUAUUAUUGAAAAUGUUAUGCCAUGAAUUGGUAGACAUUAAUUGCCACAAAAGCGGACAUUUUUCCGUGGUUUUGGAACAAAUUUUAAGCCGAAAUAUACAGAAGUUCUCUACUAGCAACGAAGAGAAUUCCGACCUCACUAAAAUGUGGGAAAAUCUGCUUACUUUAUUACGGUGGGAAAAGACAAAUAAAUACCCAAUAUUAAGCUCGAAAUUGGUCUCCAGAGCCAUACAAAGCAAUCUAACCAACUUAACGAAUUUAUUCGCAAGCGAAAUUCUGCAUAUGCAUAUUAUUGCCGAUAUAUUGGACACCAUCGAAAUCCCUACGACUAAAAUGACGUACAACCCACCUCUACAAGUCAUUUUAAAUCUAUCUCAGUCGACUGUUAAUUACUUCUACGCCUGCGCAAAGGAGCAAGGUACUUCCUUAAAGGUUCAGGGUUUCGCGAAAGUGUGCAGGAUUCUCAAAAGGCUCUGCACUUAUUCCAAAGUCGCGAAAGUUUUUGUUUUAAGGGAGUUAUUAGAGAGGGCGUUAUUUCGAAGCGAUAAUAAUCUUUUUGGCGGCAAGAGUAACGGUUUACAUCAUGAUUGCGAGAAGGUUUUAUUAAAACAAAAUAAAAAAAUCAACAAAAUUAUCCCGCUCACAAAACACUCCUCAGUGUUUAACGGAGGAAUUAUCGGAAACGGAAAAAGAAAAUCCAUUUCUCAAGAUAACUUACCGUUGGAUGAUAUUUCGCACAAUAUUUACCAAUUAAUAAACGUUCUUAAAGCGUGUUGUUCUGCGCAGGCCAACGAAGAAAAUAAAUUCAACGAUCUCUCAUUGGAUAGUAUGACUUUAUUGUCUUUGUUGUUGGUGCAAUUUGUAAGUCCGGAUGUCAUGUAUAAUGGACUUCCGUGGCCAGAUGAGGAGUUUUCUAAGGUGACCAUCGAGCGCGACCUUUUCAUCAGGAAAAUGUUCACAAACGCUCCCUUGCUGUGGAAUUUGCUCGGUUUUGUGGCGGUAUCAAGGCCGGCUUUGUGUUACUGUUCCGUUUUGAUUAGAGCCUUGACGGCCACCUUGAUUCACCAAUGGAAAAGCAUGGGAGAGCAGAGCAAGGCGAACAACACCGACAACUACAGGAAUUUGAUGGAGACGACUGUCAAACUAAUCGAGUUGAUGGCUUUGGGGCAGUUGCUGCCUCCGCCGCUAUCGAAUAUCGGGGAUGUUUUGCAGUUUUUAAAGUGUUUCGAGAUCGUCGCAAUAUUAAAAGAAUGCGUCUGGAGCUACAUGAGGGACCACAUUCCAUCCCCGGCUCUGUUCGUCUGCGACACCAACGGCACCUAUUGGCGGGACCCGACGAUAGUGCGCCCCCCCGAAACCUACACGAACGCCCUGAGAAUUAUAAUGCAGCGAAACAUCAAAACUUUGGGCCCCAUGUACGCCCAAAUGUUCAUUAACGUGCCCAAACACGAUUGAACAGGUAUUUUAAUUAUUAUUAUUAUUAUUAUUGUAAAUGACUGAGGUUUUAAAUUAUAUUUUAAAUAAAACAUUAAUCGAAUAUAUAAUAUAUUUAUUUGUUCAGGGGUCGUGUAAGUUACAUUUUAACUUCAUGAAAUCCUUGUCGGACAGUAACUUCCAUUUGUAUCCUAAUAUUUGCGAAAUUUCUGCUUCAACCAAUUCGUAUGAGCGGCUGUUGGUUUUUAACCAGGAAUAAAAUUCUUCUGUCCAGUCGGGACUUUUCGGCCAAUCAGUUUUUAUUAUGACGGCAUUUUUGCGGAUGUGCAGCCAUUUUAAAUUUUUACCUGUGUAAGCUAGGAGCAAAACUGUUGCUGUCGAAAUUCUUUCAGUAACUACCUAAAAGUUAUGAC